UCACGGACCGUCGGGGCGGGGUGAUGUUCAGGGUAAUUGGUGCGGUUGGCGCGAGGACCGGAGGACAUUGGAUUCGGUCGGCAGUUUUGGGUAUCGUUCUGACAGGGAGAAAAAUCUGUUCUUCCGGACAAUUUGCGUUUCAGAUCCCUACUGCAUCGGCACUGUCUGGGUUGGCCUUGGUAAAAGCUGUUAAGAUGGCGAAUAACGAUGAUCUCAAGAAGCAGGCUGAUGAGUUCUACGAGCAAAUGGAGUACGACAAGAUUGUGGAAGUCCUGCAGCCAGCAAAGGAAGGAGAGGACGUGGAGCUGCUGUGGCGGCUGGCGCGUGCCAUUUACGAGCAGCACAAGCCGCUGCCGACGGAUGCGGCCAAGCUGCAGCGCCUGCAGGAAGGCCUGACCACCGUGGAGCGUGCCAUGGCGCUGGAUAACCACCAUCCAAACUGCCACAAGUGGAUGGCCAUCUACCUCAACGCCAUCACCAAACUGCAGGGUUCACGUGCUCAGAUUGAGAAGGGCCCUGUCAUCAAAGAGCACAUGCUGAAAGCAUGCGAGUACGGCCCGAGCGACCCGACCAACUGGCACCUGAUCGGCAUGUGGGCCUUCACCGUGGCCGAUAUCUCGUGGACCAUGCGCAAGCUGGCCCAGGUGGUGUACGGAGAGCCGCCCAAGGCCACCUUCCAGGAGGCGCUCGAGUACUUCCUCAAGGCGGAGGAGGCCAAGCCCGGGUCGUACAGCAUGAACCUGCUGAUGAUUGGCAAGUCUUACCAAAAGAUCAAGGACAACGAGAAUGCCAUCAAGUAUCUGAAGAUGACACGUGACUAUCCUGUGAGAACAUCGGACGACAAGCAGGCGCAUAAGGAAGCUGUGGACCUGCUGAAGUACCUCGGGGUGAAGGACUAGUGACGCUGGCCGUCCGGACGUCAGAUGGAUACAGCGUGACGACGGAGGCGGGGAAGUCGACACGCCGAACAAUGGACGUCACAUGGGAUCGCACGUAACGGGGGAUCGCACGGUUCCCGGCACGCCGAUGUCUGGAGUGCCUGUUGGUUAUCCUGAUGUAGUACAUUCCUAGUCCGUGCUGCACGCCAGGGUCUAGUGCCCCGCAGUGCUGUUAAGGGGUUCGCCGCACAGUCCACACCAAAGGCCAACAUCAAGGUAUCUGUGAAGCUAAAAGUUACCGUUAUUUUAGUGCCGUUAUUGGUGUCCUUGGUUGCCAAAGUUCGAGAGUGUGCGAUCGACAUGGGCUCUUCGGUGGAGUUCCAUUGUUUGCCAUGUAAGUAGCUCCCAGCGAUCUGUGCCUUGUGCUUGUGUUGUCCUGCGCGGCCAUAUAUCGAGGCUGGAUCUUGUGAAGCUGGCGUGGCAGAGACACCCGUGGAAUGUUGUGAUAAUGGACAUGAAUGCGGUGGAGUGGGUUUAUUAUCGUUUGUGAUACAUGAAUACAGCAGUUACUGCUAAA